AUGUGCGUGCGCACGUGUGCAGCAAUAGUUUGCACCACUUCCCCAGGAAUUCGAAUUCAUUUUCCCGUUGUAGAGCUUUUUGGCUGUACUAUGAUGAGGAUAUUCUUCUUCGGAUGUGCGGCACACUGCAUUGGUUGGGAGUUUUCUGUCUCUUUCAAGACAAGUCAGCAGAGUCCUUUGAAUCGAUCAAUGAGGGACAAAAAGGAGGAGUCUCGAGACGGGCAGAGGCAUCCCGAAAGCCACCUUGAGAAGUUGAUCGCCCUGGAAUGGAGAAGCCUCAAAGGUCUCUUCCAGCUGCAGACUCUGGAAAAGCUGGUGCACAGAGAGCGGGGAAAAAAGAGAAAAAGAGGCCAUCGCUCCUAG